UUGUUUUGAUUGUGAUUGAUUGUUCAUUUUAAAUUUUAUUAUUUUUGAAAACUUUAAACUCCUAGAACUAUGUGUAAUUAGUUAUUAUACUAGUUCUUGUUCUCCAGUGUACUUCAUUUGAUUGAAACAGGAUAUCAAUUUAAAAAUACCGUCUUGUUAUCUUUAAUAAGAGUUUACCGGGGAUAAACGCUCACCCUCCACAAAUGGCCCCACCCCACGGCUUCCAGUUCGCCAUAGACCGAGGCGGUACCUUCACGGAUGUCUACGCGAGGUGUCCCAACGGGAAAGUGAGGGUCAUGAAGCUACUGUCAGUAGAUCCGAAGAACUACAGCGAUGCUCCCACUGAGGCCAUCAGGAGGAUAUUGCAGGAGGAAACCGGCAACGCGUUAGACAAGGACGGCAAAGUGAAUGCCUCCCUCAUAGAAUGGAUUCGGAUGGGUACGACCGUCGCUACCAACGCCCUGUUGGAGAGAAAGGGAGAGAAGAUGGCUCUGGUCAUCAACAAGGGGUUCCAGGAUCUGUUGUAUAUUGGGAAUCAGGCGCGACCGCAUAUCUUUGAGCUGGACAUAAAACGCCCCAGCGUCCUCUACUCAUCUGUAGUCGAAAUCGACUGUCGCGUCAUACCAGCUCUAGAAGACAAAUGCCAACUACAAAAGGACCAAUGGCGAGCCUCCAUCGGUACCACUGGAGAGAAGAUGCUGGUAAUGAAAGAGAUAGACGAAGAGGAAGUGAGAGGCAAGCUGACGAAGCUGAGAGAGAGCGGGAUAGAUAGUAUAGCGGUGGUGCUGGCUCACAGUUACACGUUUCAUGAACAUGAGUUGGUAAUUGGCAGGAUUGCUAAGGAACUGGGCUUCAAACAGAUCUCCCUAUCCCACGAAGUCACCUCAAUGGUGCGUCUAGUAGCCCGCGGGUUCACUUGUUCAGCGGACGCGUACCUUACGCCUCACAUCAAGGAGUAUGUCAGGUCUUUCUGUGCCGGCUUCAGCGAGGAUAUAGCUAGGACCAACGUGCUGCUGAUGCAGUCUGAUGGGGGGCUUACGCCUAUGGAUAAAUUCAUCGGUUCCCGCGCGAUACUGUCGGGCCCGGCCGGCGGGGUCGUCGGGUACGCCGUCACUUCCUACCAGAAAGAUACAGACCUGCCCGUUAUAGGGUUCGACAUGGGCGGCACGUCGACGGACGUGUCUCGCUACGCGGGUUCCUUGGAGCACGUGCACGAGGCCACCACCGCCGGCGUCACCAUACAGGCGCCGCAACUCGACAUAAACACAGUGGCAGCCGGUGGAGGCUCGAUGCUAUUCUUCCGCUCGGGGCUGUUCGUGGUGGGCCCGGAGUCGGCGGGCGCGCACCCCGGCCCCGCCUGCUACAGGAAGCAGGGGCCUCUUACUGUCACAGACUCAAACUUAGUCCUCGGGAGGCUGCUACCGGAAUACUUUCCUAAAAUCUUCGGCCCAAACGAAAACGAAGCUCUAGACAAGGAGGCGUCUUUGAAGAAGUUCAGGGAAUUGACGGACGAAAUCAACCAGUUUAUGAAGGAAACUGGCGGGAAACCGAUGACCGUUGAAGAAGUAGCGAUGGGAUUCACUAACGUCGCCAACGAAGCCAUGUGUCGACCAAUCAGAGCACUAACAACAGCGCGCGGCCACGACGCCUCGCGCCACGCACUAGCAACAUUCGGCGGCGCCGGCGGGCAGCACGCGUGCGCCGUCGCUGCCGCGCUCGCCAUCCACUCCGUGCGUCUUCAUAAAUAUGCAGGUAUCCUAUCAGCCUACGGCAUGGCAUUAGCAGACGUGGUUCACGAAGCUCAAACACCAUCAGCCGCUAAAUACACCCCCGAGUAUUAUGCUGAGCUGGAGACUCAACUGGACAAGCUCUCUGAACAGUGCCGGGAGAAACUACGCUCUCAGGGCUUCUCCGACUCUCAAAUCGUGUUGGAGCCGUACCUCCACCUGCGCUACUCGGGCACGGACUGCGCGCUCAUGGUAGCCCCACUGCAGGCUGGACAGAAGGAAACUAGCUGCCGAUAUGGAGACUUCUAUACUGCUUUUAUACAGAGGUACAAGAACGAGUUCGGCUUCACGCUGACUAACCGAGACGUGUUGGUCGACGACAUCCGAGUGAGAGGCAUCGGCAAGAGCGAGAUAGCCGAGGAAACAGCGCCGCCUAGCGGCAAGGGGACGACACCUGUCGCUGAGAAGACAGUCCAAGUGUACUUCGAGGGCGGCUACCAGGACACUCAAGUCUACUUGCUGGAAAAACUCAGCCCUGACCAGGAGAUACUAGGGCCAGCUAUUAUCAUGGACAAUCUUUCUACUAUACUGGUCGAGCCGAACUGUCGAGCGGCUAUAACAAAACAAGGGGACAUCAACAUCACAAUCGGCUCGGGACAAGCGAAGAAAAUCACCACAGACCUGGAGCCGAUACAGCUCAGCAUAUUCUCGCACAGAUUCAUGUCGAUAGCCGAACAGAUGGGCAGAAUCCUCCAACGCACCUCCAUAUCCGUGAACAUCAAGGAGCGGCUCGACUUCUCCUGUGCACUGUUCGGCGCGGACGGCGGGCUGGUGUCCAACGCGCCGCACAUCCCCGUGCACCUGGGCUCCAUGCAGGAUACUGUGCAGCACCAGAUGCGCGUCCGCGGCGGCACCAUGAAGCCCGGCGAGGUGUACCUGGCCAACCACCCAAAGGCGGGAGGCUCGCAUCUGCCAGACUUGACUGUCAUCACACCCGUGUUUCACAAAUCAGAACAGCUACCAAUAUUCUUCGUGGCGUCCCGCGGCCACCACGCCGACAUCGGUGGCCUGACCCCGGGCUCCAUGCCGCCCCACUCGACUAGCUUGUCGGAGGAGGGAGCUGCGUUCAAGAGCUUCCUGCUGCUAGAUGAACAGGGGUUCAGGGAGAAAGAACUUGUUGAAGAACUGAUGAAGCCAGCUCAAGAACCAGGGUGCUCUGGCACCAGGAACUUAGCUGACAACCUGUCGGAUUUGAAGGCGCAAGUCGCAGCCAAUCAAAAGGGCAUCCAACUAGUGGGCGAGCUGAUAGAACAGUACGGUUUAGACGUGGUGCAAGCGUACAUGUCUCAUAUACAGAAGAACGCAGAGGUGGCCAUCAGGGAUAUGCUUAAGCAAAUAGCUAAGAAGGCGAUAGAGACGACCGGUUCACCAGUACUGAAGGCCACAGAGUAUAUGGACAACGGCACUCCCAUUACACUCACCGUCACACUGGAUCAAGAGAAGGGAGGCGCUAUUUGUGACUUUACCGGCACCGGUGCAGAAGUGUGGGGCAACCUGAACGCCCCUCGUGCUAUCACUCUGUCCGCUCUCAUCUACUGCCUGCGCUGCAUGGUGGGCCAUGACGUGCCGUUGAACCAGGGUUGCCUCACCCCAGUGCAAGUGAUAGUGCCACCCGGCUCCAUCCUGGACCCGUCAGAGACCGCGGCCGUGGUCGGCGGCAACGUGCUCACGUCGCAGCGGGUCGUCGAUGUCGUGUUGAAGGCUUUCCAGGUGUGCGCCGCUUCCACGGGUUGCAUGAACAACCUCACCCUCGGAGAAGAGGACUGGGGCUACUAUGAAACGGUGGCUGGAGGCAGCGGGGCGGGACCAGGCUGGCAUGGAGCGAGCGGAGUGCACACUCACAUGACCAACACUCGCAUCACGGAUGUGGAAAUAGCAGAGCGGAGGUACCCGGUCGUCGUGAGCGCCUUCACGCUGCGCCACGGCUCCGGGGGACGAGGUCGUUGGAACGGCGGCGACGGUGUGACCCGAGAGCUGAUAUUCCGCCGCUCCAUGCAAGUUUCAGUGCUGACUGAACGCAGGGCCUUCCAGCCUUAUGGCAUGAACGGUGGUGAAGCGGGCGCGCGGGGUUUGAACCUGCUACAGCGGGCGGACGGCCGAAUUAUCAACCUCGGAGGGAAGACCAGUGUCAAGGCGUUUGCUGGGGACAAAUACAUAAUGAACUCGCCAGCGGGGGGCGGCUACGGACUGCCAACAGACGAAGAUAUCAACAAGGAGGAUAAAGUUUACAGCGAGUUUCUGCAAAGAGGUUCUGUUUAUGAGUAUAAGAGUGCGCAGGAGUCUGUUUGAAUGAAUUGCGUUGUUGUUUAGGUGAUAAUGUUGGAUGUUGCACAAAAUUUUGAGGUGGAUUUUGAGAGUGAAUAAACCGAUGCUGU